AUGAGACGAGGUGAUACAAGUGGGACGAACGCUCAGACCAGCCAGAAACAGUUUCAAACUCCGGAUAAACCUCCAGGUCCUUCAACGGUAUCUGACGGCUUGAGAGGAUCAUUGAGUUCAAAGAAGAGGACUGGAACACCCGCAUCUCCAGCUUCUACAUUUAAGUCAUGGAAGAGGACCUCAUUUGCCGGAGCUCGAGACCAGCCGACACUCACCCAGAUCGAUUUCGUGACACAGGUAUCGCAGCCUCAGUCAGAUGACGAUGAUCUCGAUUUUAUUGAUGAAGCACCUGAGAAUGGUACAAGGAGGCAUAAGGAGGUCAUCGAGAUAGCAGAUGAUUCUGAUAAUGAUGCCGAUUAUCGACCACCCUCAAAUUCGCGAGCCUCGCGAGCCCACGGCGUCAGGUUCGAUCGGGAUGCGAAUAAUGUCGGGUCUAAGCAGUCUAGGGUGGUUAGUCAAGAUGCUGGCCCUUCAAAACGGGGUCGGAGAAAAAGUGGUGACGGUGUCAAGGGCAACAAGAAGGGCAAGAACAAUCAACAGAAAGAUAAGACAUUGACACAGAUGGACUAUGUUAGGCGGUACUUGAAGAUCGAGCCGGAUGAGGAUGUCAAAUUGGAGUACACAUAUACCACUCCUCACAAGCAUGAACGAAAAUCUCAUAACUUGCCUCCUCCAAACGCCGAAGAUAUGGCCCGCGGUCCGAAUGAUACCUAUGCCACUUCAAGUGAGUCUAAGAGACGGAAACUGGAUCACGAGCUCCGGUCAAAUGGAGAAGUGGAAUUGGCCAAGGACUCUAAAGCGACUCGAUUAUUUGGAGGCCCAGUCACGCCGCGGAAGCCUAGCCGAUCGGAAAUACCCUCCUCUCAGUCUCCAGAGAGUCCCGGACUUGCAAUCAUCACAUCAUCGCAGUUCCGCGGUGCUACUCGUUCUCCCCUUAAACGGGAGUCCCCGACCCCAACUGUUAAACGUAUCAAAGAAGAAUCUCCUGGCUACGAUCGAGUAAAUCAUUCCCCUCAAAGUCUGGAACGAACAUUGCACCUUGAUUCAAUACCGCCAUCUAUGAAAUCCCAUCCCCCGCCGACAAUCAAGCUUACUUCAAAAGAAAGCUUAGAAACCAAUGCGAGCUCUACCCAAUCCCACUCUACGAAAGGGGCAACAGUCACCAAAGAGGGAACUAAUACACUCCAUGAACUCGAUGAGCAUCCUCUGACUACACAGAGGACUGUCGUUUAUGAAACAGACGCUGAGACCGAUAGUGACGACAUCCCAGACAACGGACUCAAUAUACCUGGUCUACCUUCCGAAGAAGCGACUGCAAACCAGUUCCAUACUUAUGAAGAUGAUAAUAAGCUGCCUAAUGAAGAUUCUCAAGAACUUCCACCAAUUCCUCCCUCGGGGCUAGAUUUUGAAUGUGGUCCUCUGCAAUUAGAAACCAAUUUGCCAUCUGAUGCAUCAAUAUACUACCGGAGGCCGCAGCAGGCUACACAGUUCCCACUUGAGCCAAUACCCGCGAUUAAUACACAAAAGAUGGCGGAGCUCUUUCCAGAUCAUCAGCAAGAGCCGGCCACUGCCUCCGAAUUCCGGUCAUCACCGUACCGUCCUCUAUAUACUCAAACACAGACCCAAUCUCAAACUCAAGACCAAGACAAAUCUUCAACAGACAUUGUUCCCGAAUCAUCACCUAUUGUACGCUGUGAAAGCGGAAAUAUUCCAAAUGCCGCUAUUCAACGUGGACCUGCUACUCGAGAAUCUGUCGUGCAGGUGGAGUCUUCACAACCUGCAGAUAGAUUUCAACGGAAGGCCGAUGCUGAUGGAAGCUCUCAGCCGCGUGGUAUUAUAUCAAAAAGUGCACUCCUGACAUCAAGUGUCAUGGAAAGUAUACCAUUGCCGGCGUUCAUAUUGGGUAGUCAGGAUAGUAUCGGGGAGCCUUACUCAGAUAUCUAA